CACGUAGAAUUAAUGGGCGGUUUGACCUAUCAUACUUCCGUAGUACCUCCUCCAAAUAACUUCCAUUUUUAAAGCAGUCACAUAUUAGUGAAAUUAUCUUUAUCGUAUUUGAAUCCAAAUUUUAAGAGCAAGGCCAGAAUUGUGUGCUCAUUUCUAAAGCUUUCAUUUUGAUAUACAAUUGGAGUCUUUAUUUAUAAAAAAUAAGUCAAUAUUCUGUUUGAAGGUAAUAUAUUGUGUGGACGAGGAAGUAGGAUUGCGUGCCGAUAGCCAUUCCGGUCAACCGGACUCUUUCAGGACCAGUAAAUAUAUAUAUGUUAUAAUGGCCGGUUGAUCGGCUUGGUAUCGUCCGUGUUGCUGCCUCGUGCCGCGCUGUCCGGUAUGCGCUGCGGGCAGAGGGCGCGCUUGUCGCCGCCGCGGCGCUAGUGUAGUGCCACCAGUAUUUAUAAUACAUCAUGCUCAAUUUCCGUAUUUGUAUGUUGUACUUUUAAUGUUAAAAAAAUUAAAUGUUUUUUAAAAUUGAAGAUCGAUUUUGUCUACAGCCACGUUUGUUACAUGAUGAAUGUCUUCCGUUGAGCACAGUUUGAGGUCCAUUGCACGUUUUGUUGUUAGUUGUGUGCCGCCGCAGUGUAGCCUAGUGCCGUGCCGUGCCGUGUCGUGCGGACGCAGUGUCCGGCGCGGAGCCGAGUGCACAGCGAACUCCUCCAUGCGAUUUGUGAUAAACCCUAUGACGAAUACGAACAUCCUCUAUUUUAUAUCGUGUGGCGGUUUUCAUAUUAGAUUGCAGAGCUGAUUUCCUCUAUUGAAUGUAAAUAUAUUUUUUAUUCAAACAGAAGUGUUGAACGAAGUAAAUCAUUUUAAGCCUUCGGCAUUGUGUACUCAUUUACGUUAUUAAUAAAUUAUAGUAUGGAUUGAUUUGCGUUUCUAUGACUUUUAACCCUCUUAAUUAUAAUUUCAUGCAUGAUUUCCACUACGCUUGGUAUCACUUAGAUAUUUUUUUAUUAUUUGAUUUGAAUGAAACUCCUUCAUUAAAUACUUUGAAUGUGUAAGUAAGAUCUGUGCGCCUGGCGCUGGCGGUGCUACGAUUGGACACAGUUGUGUGAGAACAUUCGACACGGCGACGCGGGCGCAGCGAAGUGCUAUUGUACCCACAGCUGAAACAUGAAUAGCUGCGAUUGGGUGCAAAUGAUAAUGUUAUUUGUGCCGAUAAGAUUGUAAGCCUCCUUCAUGAUAAAUAGUAAUCGUUCUUUAGAAUAGAAUAAUUAAAACAAUCGGUAUAGCUAGAUUAUCUAGGGUUUUGAUAAGGCUGCCUGCUCGCCGGCGACCAGUUCAAGUCUGCGCCGUGGCACAGCAAACCGCGUACUCGCGCUCAAUGUGGUGCCUCACUUCGUAUUUCACGAAUACCUAUACGUUAAAAUGGUCCUGUGCCCGCCGUUCAGGUGGUCCUCGCGAGGCGGAUUCAACCUCACCACCGCCGCUGCGGAGGAAGCAAGUUCCGAGCGUCGAGAAACAAUAAGUAAAUUACCCGAAACCGUACGCGAUGCGGCGCAAACGUCCGAAGUCGUUCCCAAUGGUAAUGGAGUGGUAUACAAAAAAAGUAUCACGCUUUCCGUGGACCAGGGCAUGUCCAGCAAAAAAUCUAGCUACAUGAGCAUACAGAGUGAAAAGUCGACAUGCAGCUGCGGAAAAGACUCGGAUAGCGACGUCUUAGACGAUAGGAAGAGCAGCGCGGGGCGUAAGACAAUAUCAGACCUGAUGCAAACCGAUCCGGAGAAACGCGGUCGACGCAAGCGCGGCGUCAUCGCACCCCACGCACCAAUAGACAAUGUGCGCACCAGUAUAGACUUACAAUAUGAAAAAUUUGAAAAAGACGCCAAAUCGGUGUCACAAAUAAAGGCAGCGAUCAUGGCCAACGAUUUCCUUAAGAAUUUGAUGGACGAAAUGCGUUUGAACGCGGUAGUGGAUGCGAUGAGCCCGCAGGAAUUCCCAGCCGGCAGCCUCAUGAUCCGGGAGGGCGAGAGCGGCAGCCACCUCUACGUCUCUGCUCACGGGAACUUCGAGGUUCUCAAAGGUGGACAAGUCGUUAAGAACUUCGGCCCCGGCGAGGCGUUCGGGGAACUCGCUAUCUUAUACAAAGCUAAACGUUUUGCUUCCAUCAGAUGUAUAACAGAAGCAAAAGUAUGGACACUGGAGCGGAGAGUGUUCCAGAAGAUAAUGGUCAGAAGUGGACGACAAGAGCAGGAGGACAACAUUCGAUUUCUGGCGUCCGUGCCUCUGCUGAGGGACAUCCACCCUAUAGAGCUUGCCAAAAUCUCUGACUUCCUAAAACGGGAGUUCUUCUCGACGGGUACGGCGGUAGUGCGGCAGGGCGACCGCGGCGACAAGUUCUACAUAAUCCGAGGCGGCACGGUGGGGGUGACAAAGCGUGACGGUGACGGCGGCGAACGGCGCGUUGGAACAUUGCGACGUGGCGAUUACUUCGGCGAGCAAGCGCUGCUGCACGAGGAUCGCCGCCUCGCCACUGUCACAGCCCUACCGCCAGGUGUCGAGUGCCUCACGCUAGAGCGAGGGCCCUUCACUGAACUUCUUGGUAAUCUAGACGAGUUAAAAAAUAUUCGACAUGCCGUCCCACGAGCUUCUCAACAGAAAAAGAAUUCUGAAGUCAAAAGCGAGUACGAGUUCGUGGAGCUGAAGGACUUGGAGAUAAUCGGCACUUUGGGCGUGGGCGGGUUUGGGCGCGUGGAACUGGUGCAAUACAAACCGCAGCCGACCCUCACGUUCGCGCUCAAGUGCCUCAAGAAGGUCGACAUGGUGCAGCAGCAGCAGCAGGAGCACGCCUACAACGAGAAGAACAUCAUGAUGACGUGCAACAGCCCAUUCGUCUGCAGAUUAUAUCAAACAUUCAAAGACAACAAAUUCAUAUAUUUCCUAAUGGAGCCUGUACUGGGCGGAGACGUGUGGACAAUACUGCAGAAGCAGAGAUACUUCCCCGAGAACGUGGCGCGGUUUGUUUCCGCCUGCGUCGUCGAGGCUUUCCAAUACUUGCACUCAAAAGACAUCAUAUACAGAGAUCUCAAGCCCGAAAAUUUAAUGCUGGAUAAAAACGGUUACAUUAAACUGGUCGAUUUCGGAUUUGCGAAGAGAUUAUCUCAAAACAGCAAAACAUGGACAUUCGCGGGCACUCCCGAGUACGUUGCACCUGAAAUUGUUUUGAACAAGGGUCACGACCGCGCUGUGGACUGCUGGGCGCUGGGUGUGCUCAUCCACGAGCUGCUGGUGGGCAAGCCGCCAUUCCGCGCGGCCGGCGGCGACCACAUGAAGACGUACACGCUCAUACUGCGCGGUAUCGACGCGGUCGCCUUCCACCCGCGUGUGCCAAAGUCCGCGCAGCUGCUCGUGCGCAAGCUGUGCCGCGCCGUGCCCGCUGAGCGACUCGGCUACCUCAAGAACGGCAUCGUCGACAUCAAAAAUCAUAAAUGGUUCCUCGGCUUCGAUUGGGAUGGUCUCCGUGAGAAGAAACUAAAGGCACCUCUCAUCCAGCCCAUCUCUAACGACUUCGACCUCAGCAACUUUGAGAAGUACCCCAAGGACAAACUGCCUCCUGACGAGACCUCCGGUUGGGAUAUUGAUUUUUAAAACCUACGUAACUGCAUU